CGGCUCCUGACGGAAGCACGUGGUAACGAGAAAGAUGGCGGCGGUUACAAACGAAGCAGCUGCCUCCCGCAUCUGGAUUGCUUUGAAAAGACUGGACCUAAACGAUGAUGAAGUUACUGUUGUCAAAGAUGUCUGGAUUUUACAAGGGCUAGACACAGUUGCUGCUAAGCAGGUUUUAAAAUCACAGGUUCUCUUUCAUUCCUUUGGGCUAGAGGAUGGCAUCUUUGUUUUGAAGCUUCGAAACAGCCAAGGUUCUUUGAUUCCAAUUAACAGUGAACUGAACAUAAACAGCAAACAAUCACCAUAUGUUCUGGAAGUAGUCAAGUUGUUUCAACAUGUUGUCCCCAAACCUCGUACUGCUGCCUUGACAGUUAUCAAUAAGGGUUUGAAGAACAGACUGCAAAGCAUCAUGAAGAGGAUUGAGAGGUUAGAGGAACUGGGACCAGAAAUAAAAAUGAGGUGGCAAGACAAGUUAUAUGAGGAAAUGGGGCUGUUGAACCAGAAGCUACAUUUCUUAGAUCAGAGAAUGCAGCAAACUGAGGAAGAAUCAGGGCAGGUCCUAGAAAUCAGAAGACCCAGAAAAUGUAAUGAAUUUAAGGACACAAAGCUGCUGGCAAAUGACAAGUUCUCCUUAAAAUUGAUAUCUAGGUUGCUGAUUCCCACAGUUGGAAAGGUAUCUUGUAAGGGUCAGUGCAUCUCUGACUUCCGUGCCUGUGCACUGUAUCUUGGAAGUCAGGAAUAUGUGGGAGAUCGGAUGACCCUGAGUACAAGUGUGGAGCACAAAAAGCCUGCCUCCAACCUUUUACCUUGUUGCCCACCAUGAUUGUUGUAUAUAGCCCAUGAAUAGUGUCACUGACCUGGAUGUAAAAGGAAGUAGCAUAAACUGUAUUGUUGCACAUUCCUAUUUACCAUUAAGAGCUGGAAAUCCUAUUCCUAAAAAUUCAUACAACUCAUUGUUUUUGGCCAGAGCUGUGGUGACCCAAGAGCCUGAGCAAGAACUUAUCAGAAACAUGAACUGCUUGAAUACAAAUUAGUUGAUGAACUUUAGAAGCUGUCUAAGGUAUGAAUAAUACUUUGUAUGUCAGAUACAGUCUGGAAGUUUACAUUCUUGUUCAUUAUCAGCUUCCUACUCCCAGUUAUUCUUAAUAGAUGCAAUGUUUGCAUCAUUCUCUUUGUCACCAGCAUGUGCUACUCGUAGUAAAUGGAUAGUAGGUUUGAUUUAUGGAGAUAGAGAUUGAUGUGAGCUGUGGAACAGUGGGAGGUAACUUACUGCAUUGUGAACUACAAGCUCUUACCAGAAAAUUGUAUUCCUGUAACCCAGUUUCAUGUUUUGUGUAACUUAUAUUUGUUUAAGAAUGAUUAAUUUUCCUGUGGGAGUUUCAUGUUGUUACGCUUAUUUAUGCUUCCCGACUACUAUUGUGUUUAAUGUGGGACUUUCAGUAAUGGUCACUAGUACCCGGCUGAGAAUCACAGUCUCACGCAUGAAUGGAGUGUGCCAAUAACUCCUCCAGUUCUAUUGCUUUUCACUUCUGCUGGCUAAUUCAUUAGUGCUUCAUGUCCUUUGUAUUUUAAGGUCAUUGAGAGGUAAAGUAAUGGAAUUUGAAUGGGCAGACAGUAAGAGUGAAACAUAAGUUCAAGUUUUAGUCAGUAUAUUGGUUCUCUAUUGCUAUAAACAUUCUAUUUUCGGAUUUUUCGUUGUGGUAGUCUCUUCCAUUUUGAA